AUGUCUGCCGCUGAAUUAAAUGCAACUUCUUCCUUUGAUCAUGCUGCUGACAUGAAUACUGCCGCUAUCAGCCAUCAUACUGUGGAGAGGGCUAACAAUCAAGCCCUACUGCCAACCAUUCUGGCCAAUGUUAUUGACGCAUGUGGCAACACCACCUCAUGUAGGUUGUUGCUCGAUACUGGAUCAACAAUAACCAUGGUAUCCGAGUCCUUUAUCCAAAGGAUCGGAAUUUCUCGCUCGCAUGCUCGCAUUUCGGUAGUUGGUUUAGGUGCUAGCCCGGCAGGCGUGAGCCGAGGUCGCGCUACCUUCACCCUGCUUUCAAGGACCACUACUGCAUCAGUGGAGGUCACCGGUUUAAUUAUGAGUUCUCUGACUUCUCUGCUUCCAGCUCAGCAGGUCAAGUCCAGCUCUUCUAUAUGGAACAAGAUUCGCCGCUUACCGCUAGCUGACCCGACGUUUGGAGCUCCGGGAAAAAUCGACGUAAUCUUAGGCGCUGAUCAGCUGUGGAACAUAUACACUGGACAUCGCCGAGAGUUUGGUAUCGAAUACCCCAUCGCACUACAUACUAAUUUGGGUUGGGUAAUUACAGGCAGUUAUUCUGAUUGCAACGAAGCAUCUACGCAAGCCCAAGUUCACCACGCGUACGAAGACUUGGACUCCUUGGUCCGAUCAUUCAUGGAUAUGGAACAAGUGCAUCCGACCAAAGCGACUAUUGAUGCUAGUGAUCCUGCAGAACAACAUAUUCUUAAAACGCAUGCUCGUACAGAAGAUGGUGUCUACAUUGUUCAGUAA